GAACUGCGAGCCUUGUGUCAGUUUUUGCAGCCAGCUAGCCAUCAUCAUUACAUUUUUAUUAUAAUUUCGAUAGUACAGUAGAUCCAACAAGCAGCAGCAAAAGUACAAGAGUAAAUUAAAACCGCACGGACGGUCAAAGACACUCAUUAUAAUAGGAAAUUCAGCAACUUCCUGUCCGUCGACGAGUCGUGCGAAAAGAAGCUGCCAGUGAGUGGUGAAAAAGUGCAAGUUUUUGUGGUUGGAAUCGACGAAAUCUCUUUCCGGCCAAAGCUGCAGCAGCAGGGCAAGCACCCAGAGAGCAGGCAGCUCGGCACGACGCACAUUCUCGCGGAAAAAAAACCCAAGUGAAACAGUCGAAACAGUAGUGCAGUUUUGAUUUCGCAAGUCGUCGGUUGGAUGAUGUGCUGUGGAGUCGGUUCGUCGUUAUCAGCAGCAGCAUCAUCACCAUCACCAUCAGCACCAGUUUGACGGCGUCGCGACGACAAUAGAAUUAUACUUUCUCCGCGGUACGGCGCUUUGCGGUCGUGGGGGACACUGGAAGUGAGCUUAUGCGAGGGAGUGCUUGGGAACUGUUCUGCGGGAGUGUUUUGUGUUUUUUCGGACGGCGAAGGAAGUGUCUCCUCAAGUACCUCGCAAAAGCGUAGAACCAAGGCAGUUUCUUGUGUGUUUCUAGAUCGGAGUAAAAGUCGACAGCAAGGAAGGAAAUUCACUGAAAUCGAAAGAAGAAUUAAGUUUUCCUUUUUUAGUGCUUAUCUGUGAUCCUUUAAAGUGCUGUGUUAUCACCAUCAACGUGUUAUAUUGAAUGAAAUUAAAAUUUAAACUAGUUAUAUCAUCGCAAAAGAAAGUGCGUGUGAGAUAGUGUAGAGCAAAGCAGAGCAGUCCGCAUAAAAAUAAAGUUUGUGUGUGUUCAAAAUAGUAGCUAAAAAGUGCGGCAACUAGCAUAGAUAUACAUAUUGGAAACGAUAUCCUCUCUGUCUCUUCCCUCGGGGUUUUAUUUUGGUUGUCAUCGUUGGAGAGUGCAGAAACAUCUGGACACCGCCAUCGGGCUGGGCCGUUCGAUACACCAUCAGCGGCCAAAAGUAGUAGACAUCACCUUUGCCAGCGCCGACCGACUGCUACCGUCAUCAUCACUAUCGCCGCCGGUUAGCCGGGAGGACACAUUACCGUCGUCAUGUUUUGGGACUCGGCGAACUCCGGUUCGAAUAUAGACAGUUUGCUCAGCAGAGAGGGAAUCACACUUCAAGAUGUGUUGGAUUAUGAAGACGUCUUGCAGGAAUGCAAAUCCCAGAACACGAAACUACUUCAAUACUUAAAUCGCACAGAAGUGUUCGAUGAGCUUAUAGACCUCAUCAUUCAGGAACCACCAGCAGAUCUCGACGACAACGUCCGAUUUAUGCAUUCCAACAUGGCGUGCGAAAUACUUACCAGCGACGUGCCGUCCUUCAAGACCCACCUGGUCGAAAACCAGAACUUCCUGAACAAGUUGUACAGCUUCCUGCACCGCGAGCCCCCGCUUAACCCUCUGCUGACGUCGUUCUUCUGCAAAACGUUCGGGAUGCUCAUAUCAAAACGUAACGAACAAGAUUAUUUUUCUUAUAAGUCAGUGUGCCUACAAGUAUUAGAAUUUAUCAAGUCUAAAAAAGGUUUCCUCAACACAAUGCUGAAGCACUUUGGCAAUCAGGUCAUCACCGAUCUGCUGCUGUGCUACAUCACCGAUAUCGAAGACGCCGAGCUCAAAUCGGAACUACUAGAGUGGCUUAACGAGCAAAAUUUGGUUGCCGAAAUAAUAAACCUGCUAAAGUUACCAGGCGAAACGCAGAAACACUACAACGUCGCACAAUUUUUAAUUGAACUUAUCAAAAUAGGAAGAUGCAAACGACAGAACGAAAGGCAAGACAAAGUUACAUCUGACCCCAUCCUGGAAACGCUGGAAAACGAAGCCACCACUCAAAUUUUGUUGGACAUCAUUCUGAAAGAAAAUAGCGAGGAAAGCGCCAUAGUCGGUGGUAUCCGGAUCAUUUUGCGAUUACUGGAGAAUACGAUCAUACAAGAGCCGGUCUCCGAUACUGCUCUCCAGAUGGUUAUCGACGCUGAAAAAGAACAUCAUGACACGGUCGUGCUACGCUUAGUCAAGGUCAUAUACCCGAGAAUACUUGAGUUUAUUCACAUUUUAAAGAAUCCGCCUCAGAAACCCGACAUUAUUACCACAGUCGGCGUACUUUCACCACCUCUAGGAAACGUGAGACUUCAGAUUUGUAAUUUAUUUACAGUAUUAAUAGAAACCGAGAACAGUGAUGUUAUCAAGACAAUAUGCGGAACAGAUUUUUAUAGUACAUUGCUCAAUCUUUUUAAGCAAUAUUGUUGGAACAAUUUUUUGCAUCAUCAGGCCAAGGUGUGCGUCAACUACGCCAUUCAAUCUUUCGACCAGAAGGAAGGCGAAACUUUGCUGCUUACCUCCGAUUUACAGCGACAUAUUAUCUGCGACUGCAAGCUUGCCUCCCAGCUGGUGGACCUUUGGUACUACAACGAGGAAAUGCAGACCCCAAAGAAGCCAGACAGCGACGACGACGACGAAGAAGUCGCUGGGGAGCAGGAACAAUCGCCACGCAAGUGCCGCCGGCUCGGUUACAUGGGCCAUCUGAUCGAAAUGUUCGAGAUCCUGGCCACGAACAUGAACGUGUCGGAGGAGUUUUGUGCCUUAGUCGAAUCAUCGCUCGAAGAGGACUCCACGAAAGACCGCUGGCGGCAAGUGACCGAAACCGAGGACGGCGAGCUGUCGAAAAUACUGGCCGUGCAGAAGCGAUUUUUGGCUGAUCAUGACCCAUAUCAGAAGAAAGACUAUUCGUCCGAUGUUACAAUAUUCCCGAAAGAGAUUGAAAGUAACCUCAAGGAUUAUAUUCAUUUCUCCCUCGAUAGCAAUGCCGUGAUAGACCUGAGCAGCAUGAACAACACCUCCACGUUUGAGCUGUUGGGUUUCACGAAUACGGUGGAACACUUGACCAAAAUGUUCGACGACGCUGUGGGUACUGCCAACGCAUUCAUCAUGCCCGGGAUGGACACUGACAUGUUCGGCGAGGAAGAUGAUGACGACGGCCAGGGAGGGAGUGCAGAAGAGGCGCGUAACUUUUACACCGGUCGUGGUAGAAUACCGGCGCAAAGUGAUGACGACACCGAGGGUGGUGGCGGUGGUGGACAUAGUCCCUACGAUGAUGAUCUCAAAAAUGCAAUCGAUUUGUUCAUUAACAAGAGUGCCUGGCCAACGAACGCAACCUCAACGGAAAAUCCCGAUCCUUGGGGUUCCGGCGACGAGCCCAGCAGUGGUAUCGAUCAGCACGCGGAGGGUAUGUCCGAUGCGUGGGCCAAUUUUGGCUCGGACAGUUUUGCCGACUUCGAUUCGCAUUUCACGGAUUUCCAAAUGGCGGCGCCUGCAACCAAGUCUGAUAACGACAAUGACACGUCGAAAACAUUUUUCGAUAAUAAUGAAAACAUUGCAUUUGAAGGCUUUACUGACAAAAACAACGAUGCAUUCGCCAAGGCCGACAUGUUCGAUAUUACCACGACGCAAUCUACACAACCUCCGCCUAGUUCGACAACUGAAUCCGCCAGCAGCUCAAAGACUUCAACCAACGAUAUCCCCGUACAGUUAGAUCCAAUAGCUGCUAAUACAAUUGAAGCAACCAGCACCACCAAUGAUGAAACUGAGGACGCUAAAAAUAGUAACGUAGCAGCAGUAGCAAACAAUGUGCCAUUAAUCGUAGCAGAGCCACAAAGUAGUUCUGUCGAGCCGCAAACGACAACCGAAGAAACGAGAGGCCCAAUCAACAGUAGAUGUGAGCCGGCCGAUACCAACAGAAGAUUGGAACAGGAGCCGACACUCCAAUCCAGUUUAGUGUCGACUACCGUCACCGAGGUGAUGGAGAUCUCCGCCGAAGGCACCCCCAAUGGUCCCGUGACAAGCGUUGAAAGUGAUGAUGGGGCCGAAUUUGAAGACGCUAGAGAAUCUUUCGCGGAUAUGGUGGUUGACGAUGGCAAUGAUGUCGCCGAUUCCGUUCCCCAGCCCGACAGUAGUUCAUCCCGAAAGACCUGCCUUGAAAAUAGCAACGAAGCCACAGCAGCGACCGCAGAAGCAACCGUAGUAGAAACGUCCACAGCAAAAACACAGACUUCUGACCUCGUAGUAGUAUCCGCCACAGCAGUGGAAACGACAACCGGUAGCUGCGCCAAAAGCAGCAGUGAUAGCGACAGCAACAGCACAGCACCGACCCUUACCUCGUCGUCAAUUGAUCCAUCGAAGGUCCCGGUUCAGCCUCAGCCACCUCAGCCACCACCACCAACUGUGCCAUUAGAGAAUGGGUCAGUCUAAACUAAGAUCAAGAAUGUGAACUAAGCCUAUUGCAUGCGAAAAAUGUCUUGAUGGGAGCAAGAAAGUGAAACAUAACUUGUAUGAUAUCAUGUGAAAAAUAGAAGCUUCUAAAGCUCUACAUAAGAAUACAGGAUGAAAGCAGUUUUUGUUAAAGGGAUUCGUGACCUAAGUGGAAUCAAUCGGGUUAUGCUGGUUGUUUGUACUACAUAUUUAGAGAAAUGUGCGCUUACAAGCUGCAAGAAAAGCCAAGGAAAAUAUUUUUAUCUUUCACUAUAUUUUUAUUACCGACUUCGAACGAAACGUAUGUUUGUUACCCUUGCGCGUAAACUGACUGGCAUCUCUUAAUGGCUAGAUAAAUAGUAGUCUCCUAAAACUCGAUUCAUUCGCUUCUUGACCUAUGAUAAUUCAUAGAACGGUGGUGCUGAAGUGUUAAUAUAUUCUGUGAAAGCAAAACAGUUGUAGGGCAAGUAGCUUCGGAAGGCAACCGUCCACAACCAUGAAUGUGUUUUGUAUUUUCGUUUCUCCGGUCGUAGAAAUAUAGUUUUCCUCAUUGGAGUACAGGUUACUCAAAGCUCCAAUUCCGAUCGGAUUCGAAUUCGAAGCUACUGCCAUAUAAUACCUACUACUACUACUACAAUUGACUAUACUAUAGCAAAUGGUAUAAGACUAAUGAAAUUAUUAUUUAAAAUUAAGGGAUACAGCGCUGUGCUAGUGUUUCUGGUGGGGAAUUUGAUCCUCAACAAAAAGAAGAAUAAUAGCAAUUUAGUUACACACAAUUAUCAAAACCUUUUAAUUAUUAUUUCUGUUUUAUACAAUUAUUCAACUUAGAUAAACAAAAAAAAACAGUAAAGCAACAAAAACCAACAACUCAAUGUAUUUUUAUGCAUGAUAAAGCCAAAAAGCGCAGGAAUAGUAAGGAAUGAGUAGAACGCGAGAGUGGGAGUGUCAAUGAGUCAACACAGAAAGCAAUCAAUUUUGAUCCAGAGAUUUUUGUGCAAGAGAGAAUGUGAGAUAUCAAUUUAAAAAAAAAGUACACACAAAGCUUCCGCCAAAACGAAAACAAAACAUCUACAAUGAAAUUAAUGAAUUUAGGUAGCACUAUUUUUCAGCUGAGCAUUAAGCUCAGUGUAAUUAAAUAAGACAAGAUGUAUGUGGGAGCAAUGGAAAAUGCAGUCCUUAUGCCUAUUGUUUAUUUGUCACUGCACACAUUACAAAAUCGUGACCGCUUGUUUGAUUAUUUGUUUUUGUAGUAAUGUUUGUGUUAAUGUUCUAUAGUGUAGUAAGUCAUUGAAAAAUUAUUAUUAAUUUUAAUAUAACGCCUAUCAACAGUUCAAACAGCUGUAUCUUCUUAUUUGUAUAUUAUUUAUAAUAUUAAGUUACCGUAGUAAGUUUAUUUUCUUUGAUACGCUUAUUUUAGACUUUGUGUUUUGUUCACUUUUGCCUUAAUCGUCGUUGGUACAUAAAUUGUUAAAAUUACUUUCAUUUUCUUCCUAAGUUGAUCACGAAAUGUUGCUCAAUAUUGCAGUUCAUUCUACCCUUGGUAAUUGUUAGAUUUUGCCGUGUGAGCAAUAGCUCAUACCAAAAGCAAGCAUCUAUUAAGUACGUCAAGCAAAAAUCAUCCUCCCUAACCCCUUUGUUAACGCAUUUUGUAGAAGGCAUCUGACAAUUUCGUGCGGAUAGUCCUCCUCAGAAUGGCAUCACGCUCUUUAUGGAUAAUCCUAAAAACAGUGAACUAAGAAACCAGAGUUUAUACAUAUCCCUUCGCUGUGCAUUAAUGUAUUUUUAGUUUUUUUCUUCCAUUGAAAUUCCUUCUCAAUUUCUAUACCUACAUCUUGUUGAAGCCGUUGAGCUACAUUUUGAUUAAAAACAGAUCGUUCGAGAUGGUGAUUUGUUUCAGAGAUAGCUUUAGAAUCGUAAUUUACAAAAUACACGACACACAGAUACGCAGAUAUCACUUCCAUCAUAUAGAUUCACGCAACACGCUCACACAUUCAUGUAUUAACUAUUGAUAUAAACUUACAACAUUCAAAUACACUCACUCACGCAAAUACACCCACAAGUACAUUCACACGUGCAGCGUAUCUCUCAUCAGAAAAAAAGAGACAUGAUUAACAAACAAAUAAAAAAUGGUGCAAUGUUCUGAUACAUAUAUUAAAGAAAGAAUCAAAUGUAAGCUAGUGCCACUUUCUGAAGUACCAUGGAUAAUAGAUCUAAUAAAGGAAUGUGAACGUCCAAAAAAUA